GAAGGAUUACAGUUCAGACUGACCCGGAUUAUUGUGACCAUUACCCCUCUACAGGCACUCAGGAGCUUCAAGCUGACCAUCACUGUGGACCCUAAGUAUCACCCUAAAAUCAUCGGACGCAAGGGUGCAAUCAUAACAACUAUCCGCACGGAACACGAUGUGAACAUCCAGUUCCCAGAGAAGAAUGAUGAAAACCAGGAUCAGAUUACUAUUACAGGUUAUGAGCACAAAGCCAUAGCAGCACGAGAUGCCAUCCAAGCUUUAGUGGACGAGCUGGAGGAGAUGAUCUCUGAGGACAUCACCCUGGACAGCAGGGUCCAUGCACGCAUCAUCGGAGCACGCGGCAAGGGCAUCCGCAAGAUCAUGGACGAGUUUAAGGUUGAUCUCAGGUUUCCCCAGAGUGGAUCUGCAGACCCGAACGUGGUUACAGUCACAGGUCGCCCUGAGCUCGUGGAUGAAGCAAUCGACCACCUUCUUAACCUGGAAGAGGAAUAUAUGGGAGAUGCUGUGGAGAAUGAGACAAAGAUGGCUUACAUGAGGCCUCCUGGGGGAGGCGCUGCCGGCGCCAUGGAUGAACAUCGUGGCCCAUCCAAAGGCUUCGUGGUGCGCGAGGCACCUUGGACCACUGGCAGCGAGAAGGCCCCUGACAUGAGCAGCUCUGAGGAUUUCCCUAGCUUUGGAGCCCCGGUGGCAGCCAAGUCCUCCCCCUGGGGGCCCAAGCGCUUCUAAGCCAUGCUGCUGAAGUAAACCGGACACAAUCUUCUCCUUCAUCGUCCCCCUCUUGACCUGGACUGACCGCUGACCCUACAAGUCUUCACUUCUGAGAACGUCAUCCUUCUCUCUUAUCCCUGUCUUUCCUCGCAGAUUCAUCAGUCUAAAAGUGCUUUCAAAUACUGUAAUUGACUUGUGAGCUUUGUGUCUGCAUUAAAUAAUGCCGUCUUAUGCUUAAAAGAAAAAAGAGACAGAUGUUGCGAUAAGUCUACACAGUCUGACAUUAAAGUGUUGAUUAGAGCUGA